CCCAGCUCCAUGUCGGACUCGAUGAUCAUGGACAGCAUCUCCUCCUACCUGGUGCUGCCCAACCGGCUGCUGGUGCCGCUGGUGCCCGACCUGCCCGAGGCCGCUCAGCUGCGCUGGCCCCUCCCGCGGGGCGUGGUGCGGGUGACGCUGGUGGCCGCGCGGGCGCUGCGCUCCAAGGAUCGCUUCCUGGGCGGGCUGGUGCAGGGCCGCUCGGACCCGUACGCGCUGCUGAGGGUGGGGACACAGGCGGCCACCAGCCGCGUCAUCGGGGACAGCCUGGACCCCGCCUGGGACGAGGUGUACGAGUUCAUGGUGCACGAGGUGCCGGGCCAGGAGCUGGAGGUGGAGCUCUUCGACAAAGACCCCGACAAGGACGAUCUCCUGGGCAGGUGAGGGGGGGCCCGCACCCCCAAAUUCGGGGAGGGGGCUUCUCCCCCCC